GAUUUUUUUUGUUUGUCGUGUAAAGCGUGUCGUGUUUGUUUAUCAUGCCGGUUUUUAUUCCACAAAAAGUGAAAUGAAUCUGAAUUUUAUGUUAACAGAAAUAUCCCUGCAGCUUUUGGGGAACAAAUUUUACGAUGUAAACGGCCAAGAGACAGAUAACCUGAAGGAUUUGUUUUCGGCACAAACCGGUGGCACGCCAGUUCAACCACAGCAGCGAAGUAUACACAACGGGCAGCAGAAGCGUCAAAAGGAAUCGGAUUUUUUAUCCCAAAUAGGAUUGCCAAAUGGAUUCGAUAGUCUGCUCGAAGACAGCGAACAAUAUGUUGAAAGCCAGUUUCGUGAAUUUAUAGAAACCCUGAGGGACCGAGUCGAGUGCAUGGCUUCCUCUGGUGAAGGCGGUCAGCCCAGCGCAUCGGUGGGCAGAAGUAAAUGGCAAUUUCAGACCGAGCUCAGCGAAAUGCGUAUACGAUCUCAGCGAGAGUUGGUCAGGAUGGUUAGCCAUUCGAAGCAGAUGAUGAACCUGUUCCUAGAAACACUGCAACCGGACGCUGAUCGAAAUUGGGAAUCCACCAAAUACAAAGAGGAGGAACGUCACCAGCUUCUGAACGAGUACAACAGCCUAUUAUACGUGCUGAAACAAAUUCUCAGCGAUGUAGACGAUCGGACUCAGGGAGAGCAGUUCAUUCGGAUUAUUGAGGCGGCCAAAAAGGCAUUGUAAGUUUAUUUCGGUGAGUUUUAUUCUAUUUAUCGGUAUUCUAAAUAUACAGACAUAUUUGUGAAUGAUUUUAAAUAGU